AUACAUGUUAAUCAUAACCAAGGCCAUUUAAAUUUAAUAAUGAUCAUCCGAAGGACAUUGAAGCAGAAGAGCCCGUGCCACGAGUGCCCUCAGGCCGUGCUGGUUCGGAGGGGAGAGGAUUGUGAAGCGUGAUUUGCAUCAAACACUUUGCUCGGAUCCUGAUACCAGCACUUGCAGUUUUUAUUAUUGUUGUCACUGGUGGAGGUACUAUUCCCAGAAUCGUGUCUCAGAGGCAAUGAGGAAUGAAGCCAGCAGACCAGAGUAUGGAGUAACCAGCGAAGCUUUUAUGGACUGUAAAGAAGGAAACGUCGGGGCUGCAGGGUCUAGGGUUUAUAAGCGCAGAAACAGAGAAAUUUACGUGAUUGGCAGGGGCCUGUUGCUAGGACUGAGCUGGGUUCAAGAUUCUCUGUCUCCGUGUCCACUUAGUGAGUGUGGUCUAGUGUGUUUCUCACGGGUUCAAAAGGAAAAACUCCCUUAUUUUCAGGCUGAUUUUUCCAGGUGGCUAGCGGUUUCUUGUUUAUUGGAAGCCUAGGUCCCUCCUGACUGGAACUUACCCGGGCCUUGAGCUCUGUCUGUCUGUGUCCCACUAACACCUGCCUCAUUAUUAUUACCUCUCCAAAGCCCUAGGAUGUGGGAGUAGUUUCCUAGAGGAGGACACUGAGGCAGGGAGGGGGUAGGGGCGCAGAUGCAGGCUGGGACAGCCUCAGCUAUUAGUGACCAUGGGAGCGCUGGCCGCUGGCUGGGGAAGCUCUCUUGCCUUUGGCUGCUGUGGUCACUUAGUCGCACAAGCCCCAGAUGCAAUAGGGCUGGUGGCCUCCACUUCGCACCCGUGUGGCCCGCCUCCUGUCCUCCAGAGCCCUCCCCAGCUGGCCGCUGGCUCCCCGGUGGACCCUGUCCGAGGUGCUGGGUGGCCGGGGCUGGGGAGGACCCGUGCGUGGAGACCACCAAGGCCUACGCGGUCCGCGGCCGGGGGACCUGGGUGCAGACGCAGGCCGGGCCGAAAUCGGGCGCUUCCUCCGAGUCCCGCCCCACGCUCGCAGGUGCAGAAGAGGGUUCCCCCUCGGGCCGAGGCCGGAUGUAAGGUCCACUGGGGGCGCCAGCAUCGGGGGAAUUCCGGCCACACCCACGCAAGCCCCGGGCAGGAGGGGCGGGCACCCGGACCCGCGAGAAAAACCACGCGGGCCGGCUGCGCCGCGGGUGCUGCGGAUCUGCAGGGACAGUCUGGCCUUGGGAAGCUCCCUCCCUGGAGGUAUGAAGUGUCCUUCGUGCCAGCAUGUCUCCAAAGACAAAGCCCCCAAGUUCUGUAGCGAGUGUGGACAGAAGAUGUUUCCUGCAGCUCGCGCUCCAGAUCCCGAGAACCACAGCCCCGAGGUGCCACGGCCCCCUGAGGGGGAGAUGGAGAGCGGGCAGGAGCUGAAGGAGGAAGGUGCACCUUUCUCAGGCUCUAGUGAUCUGGGCUCCAGUGACCUUCAGGAAACUGCGGACGACCUGAGUUCUGGUGCCUCCUGGACCUUCCAACGAAGCAAAAAGAAGAAAAAGAGGAAGAAAAACAAUCAGGACACUUCCACUUCCGGAGAGCUGGAUUCCCUGUCCUUGCCCCCCUCCAGCCCCAGGAGUCUGAAAUCGCUUACAAACCCCGGGUCCCAGAGUGCAGCUCCACCCCAGAGCCAAGCUCAGCAGGAGGGUCUGGCCAGGGUGGCCCCACGCGUGGUCACGACGCCGCUGGGCCGCCCGGCACCCCAGGAGCCGACUCUGGGAGGCGUCCUCCCGGAAGGGAGGGACCGUGGCACCCCCCAACCGGUCAAGGGCAGAGGCCUCCCCCAGAAGGAGGCUGGCCCAAACUCUUCUGCCGGUAAAGGCCGUCCUGGGAAGGAAGACACUGCCUGGGAGCUCCUGCUGCCUGAGUCAAAGGGGGAGGGCUCUGAGCCCGGGAAAGAGGGCCCAGCCAGGGCCCCCGCCUCCAGGGCAACUGAUGCUACAGUCAAGCUGACUGAUCUGGUGAACAAGGCUGGAAAAGAAGUUAAAACCAAGACUCAGAAAACAAAGCCUUCACCAACAAGUGUCCCUGCUUCCCAAGAGCACCUCAAGGAAACUGAAGCAGCCAGGACAGCCAUGAGGAGGGAGGAAGCAGGUGCGGAUGAGAAAGCGAACCAGGAGGAUGCAAAGAAGACAGGAGGGAGUAAGAGAACCCAAACAGCCACCUCCGUGAAAGACAAAGACGGGAAGGAUCAAAGAAGCCAGAGAGCCAGUGCAUGGAAAGUUGAGAGCCCCCUGAAUCCCGAGGAAGGAAUCACAGUGUUUUUCCACGCAAUCAUUUCCAAACAUUUCGAGUUCAACCCCAGCUCCCACCAAGUGUUUGUCAGGGGAGGUGAAGAAUUUGGGAAGCCCGAGUGGGACCUCAAUGUCUGUGAGAUGUACUGCACCAAAAAUUUAUGUGAGAACGGGUCCCUCGUUGAAGGCAGCACCAUCAUUGCCAAGCAGCACUUGGACAAACCCAUCCCGUACAAAUACAUCAUCAUGCGCAACAAGGACACCGUUGAGUAUGAGUUCAUCUACGAGUAUCAGCACAACGAGAGUGAACCCGUCAACCGCUGUCUGCUUGUGAGGUCUUCCCUGCUGUGCUCAGGAGACUGGCACCAGUAUGAUGACAUCAUUUGUAUGAGGCCUCCUGGGAAAUUUCAGAGAUUUGUGGACUAUUUCACGGAUGGCACCAAGAGAGACGUGGUGCGGGGGAAGAAGAUGGCGGCCGCCGUCAUGCUGGACGGCAUCUUCAGCGUGCUGCAGACCUGGAGCCUCGUCAAUCUGAAGAGCUUCUUCGCGCAGUUCGAGCAGUUCUACGCUGUGGUGCGCGUGCCCAUGAUCUACGAAGGCCGUGCGCGGCCGUGGAGCUCUCUGCAGUACAAGGAAGAGGAGGUGAAGAGAAACCUGUGGGAGUAUUUGAAGAAGCAAAUGGCCCCAUUUCUGGACAGACAUAGCGACCGUCUGCCUGAGGACUGCCCAGUGAGAAGUGCAUUGAGAAUGGGCCUCAUCGUCCUUUUCUUAGCAGAAAAGCUCAACUACCCCUUAUCCGAACACGAGCUGGCCCGGCUGUGUGGCCUCCUCUGCUCGAAUGCCGAGUCACCAGAUGCCUUUCACGCUGAACUGAGCCACAUCCUUGAAACAGGUCAAAGCUGGCGAAGGUACCUGGUGGACCUGUGCCGGAUGUGCGUGGACAGGAUGAAGGAGUGCUGGGUGCCCGUCCUGCCUUUGCUGCACCACUGCAUGGAGCUGGCCCCCCAGAGGAAGGACUUGGUGCUGCAGCCUGAGGACACCUGGGCAGCCCUCGAAGGAAUCCCGUUCUCAGAGUACCGGGAGAAAAUACCAGAUGGGCGGCAGUUGCUUCAGCUUAUGGAAAGAAAGAGGCACCUGCUGCAUGUGGACAAGUACCUGUUCCGGUCCUGGCUCAGCGUGCUCCCGCUGAGGAGCCUGGUGCCCUACGUGAAGCAGUUCAGCGACUACCUGAGCUGCCGCCCUGCCUGCGUCCUGGACUGUCUGCUGGGCACCUGCUACCGGUUUCAAGGCCUUGAGGAAGUGUCCUACAGAAAUGCGGAGGCUAUUGAGAAUGUGUUAAAGAUGCUGUUGAAACUGCUGGAUGCUCAUCAGGACAGGAUUCUUGAGGAGCCCUUGACAGUCCUACAGUCCUACCUGACUGUGUGUCUGAAACUUCACGAAUCUACCUGCAAAAUCACAAAAGAGCAGAAGUAUUAUGAGAUGCCUGCCUUAUCUGCUGAGAUGGUUUGCAGAAUUAUUAAACUUAAACCUCUAGUGGCCUCUCCCGAAGGGCAGGGAAAUGAAAUGGGAAAGAAGAAUUCAGUAAAAGCAGUCUUCCAAGAUACCCUCACCACUACUAGGACUUGGCUCAAGAGGAUCUUUAGGAGGGGCAUGUUCCAGAACACAUAUGAGCGUCCUGUCUCAUUCGUUUAUCAUGAUGAGAUCGAGGUCUGGAGGCGGCUGGUGGAGAUGCCCUUCCCCCUGGAGCGCUGGAGGGAGUCCUUGCUGGGGGACAUGGAGGGGAGAAUCAAACAGGGGACACCUCUCGCCCAGAUCUCUGUCUUCUGCAGCACCCAGUGGGUCUCCGUAGGCCCAGAAGACAGGGUGUCAAAAUGCUUUCAGAAGUGUGUCAUCGAAGCUGUGAGCUCCGCCUGCCAGUCUAAUACCAGUAUCCUUGAGAGAAUCUCCUCCUGUGACUUGUGGAAACUGGGGACCCUUGUGUCUGCUGUGAUCACGAAGUCCUGGCCGAGAAUCAAUGGGGAAGUUGUGGUCACCCUGGAUGAGGUCCUAAAACACCUGCUUUUUUGGCCAGACACCAAGCAUGUCUUGAAAUUGUUUGGAACCAACAAGACGGUCUUAGCGAACAUUACGGAGAACGGCAAGAAGCUGAUGGCGGUUGUGGACAAUGUGCUUGCAAAAGUCACCGGGGACCUGUUGAGUGGAACGAUUUUAGUCGGACAGCUGGAGCUGAUCCUGAAGCACAUGAAUCACUUUCUUGACAUCUGGCAAUUGCAGAGAGAAAGUAUUUCACUCCAGGAGAAAAAACAUGAUAUGAAGAAGGUGCUGGAUUGGAGAAGGAAUGAACUAAUAUUCCUAAUGAGAGAGAAAAGAUGCGUUGACAGCCUCCUGAAGAUGUGUGGGAAGGUGAAGCACCUGAUAAAAGUGGACUUGGGAGAGAUUGCGGCGAGACACUCGGAAGACCUCAGCAGCAAAAGACUAAGUGAGGCCACGACGGUGAGGUCGUCGCUCGCCUCCUCAGACCAGAGGCCCACCACGCAUUACAGCCUGAGCCCCCAGGUCGAGGAGAUGGCCCGCCAGCUCAGCAUGCUCAUGGACAGCCAUGUCUUCCAGAUCUUCUGGGCAGAAGCCGCCAGGGCGCUGAGCGCAUCCCAGGAGGAGGAGGAGGAGGCGCAGCCAGCCCUCCAGCCCGGAGACGUGUAUCGGCAGUUGUACCGCCCUUGCUUCGAGAGGUUCACGGGUCUGUACCAGGAUCUGAAGUCAGGAGAGAUCACCUUUGGGGAAGUCGAUGCCACCUUCAAAGACUUUGUGGACAGAUACAGCCACCUUAGCUACAACCUGCAGAUCAUGUGCGCCCUGGAUCCCAGUGACCCCAGGGACUGGAUCACGGAGCGGGUGGAGCAGAUCAAGGAAUACCACCACCUGCACCAGGCGGUCAGCUCGGCCCAGGUCGUCAUGGAAGCCAAGGAGAAUCUGGGUCUGACGGGUGACUUCAGUGUUCUCCACACUUUAUUAAGCUUUACAGAUGACUUUGAAGACUUUCGCCACCAAAAGCUGGACCGGAUCAGCAAGCAGCUCAUCUCUGCCAAGAAGCUGCUGCAGGGCAUCGACGAGGCCCGGCGCCGGUGCCUGCGGGAGCUGUCCCUCAGGACGGAGUUCAUCGGCUGGGUCCGGGAGGCGCUCGGAGGCAUCACUGAGCUGAAGGUGUUCGUGGACCUGGCCUCCAUCUCAGCCGGGGAGAACGACAUCGACGUGGACCGGGUGGCCUGCUUCCACGAUGCCGUGCAGGGCUACUCCCCUCUGCUCUAUAAGCUGGACACGAGCGCAGGUUUCGAUGAGCUCAUGACGCAUCUGAAAGAACUGUGGAAGGCUCUGGAAAAUGACCAGCACCUGCCCAGUAAACUCCGUGACUCUGCCAGGAACUUGGAGUGGCUGAAAACAGUGAAGGAGAGUCACGGGUCUGUGGAGCUGUCAUCCCUGUCCCUGGCCACAGCGAUCAACAAUAAAGGCGUCUACGUGAUCGAAGCACCCGCAGACGGCCAGAAGAUUUCCCCAGACACGGUUCUGCAUUUAACCCUUCCCGAGAGCCACGGGGACCAGGAGGAGGUGCGAGACUAUUCUUUAGAAGAGCUGAAGGAACUUUUGAACAAACUGAUGCUGAUGUCAGGCAGGAAGGAUCACAACAGCACUGAAGUGGAAGUAUUCUCCGAGGUGUUCUGCAGCGUGCAGAGGCUCGUCCAGGCCUUUAUAGACCUCCACUCUGCUGGGAACAUGCUGUUCAGAGCCUGGAAGGCCAGGGUGUCCUGCGCUCCCCAGGACGGCGUCUCCAUUCGGAUGGACUUCUGCUUGGAGCUGGUGGGCCAGCUCAUGGGGAGUGGGCCGGUUGCCCGGCUGCUGGAAGCCCUCUGCUUGCAGAUGGAGAAAUUCUUGGAGGAGUGGAAGGAAUUUGUGGCUGAGAAACGGGCUGCCCACUUCUACCUCAACUACUACACCGCCGAGCAGCUGGUGUAUCUGAGCACGGAGCUCAAGAAGCAGGCCCCCAGCGCCGCCGCCCUCACCAUGCUGUCCUUCAUCAGGGGCAACUGCAGCCCGGGGGACGUGGCCCAGGCCUGCAGCGGACCCGCCAGCGAGGCCACCCGCCAGCGCGAGAGGACGGUGGUGGAGGAGCUGCCGCUACUGCUCUUCUCCGCAGGCAGCCUGGGGGACAAGCUGCAGGUCCUCACACAGCAGUCGCUGGCCUGCAUGAGCGCCUUCCUGCCCCACUGCCUGGACCUGGAGGCCUUGGGCUGCGGUCUGGCCCAGCUGGCGAGCAUGGGGGGGCCUCCCGUGCAGCGGCAGCUCCCGAAAGGCCUGCAGGCCGGCCAGCCAAACCUCAUUGUCUGUGGCCACUCUGAGGUGCUGCCGGCCGCCCUGGCCAUCUACAUGCACACCCCCGACCAGCCCCUGCCCACCUACGAUGAGGUGCUGCUCUGCACCCCAGGAACCACGUUUGAGGAGGUGGCGCUCCUCCUGCACCGCUGCCUGGUGCCAGGCUCCCUGGGGUGCAGGGUCUACAGCCUGCUGUUCGCAGACCUGCUGAGCUACGAGGUGGCCUGCCAGGCCGAGGCGCUCUUCCUGCGUCUGUGCACGAAGUGCCACCGGGAGGACUACCAGCUCCUGAUGGUCUGUGACAGCGAGCGGGAGCAUAGCUACCUCCCCUCGGCCUUCAGCCGCCACAAAGUCCUUGUGGUCCCCCAGGCGCCCCUCGAGGCCUUCCAGGCCUACCUGGCCCGUCACUACCAGGUCCCAGAGCAGACCCUGUCGGCCGCCGCUGUGUGUCGGGACCGGAUGUGCGUUGGGAUCGUGGCCUCCGAGAGAGCGGGUGUCGGAAAGUCUCUCUAUGUGAAGAGAUUGCAUGACGAACUGGAAAGAAAGUUUGGUGAGGAGAAAGAGUCUCUGAAAAUUAUUCGAUUGAUUGACCCUCAGGUGGAUGAAAACCAAGUCCUGGGCUCCCUCCUGCCGUUCCUGGGUGCCCAGUAUCAGAGCAGACCCAUGAUAUUCCACUUCGACGUGACCUCUUCAGUGCAGACUGGAGUUUGGGCAUUUCUUUUCAAGCUCCUUAUUCUGCAGUAUUUAAUGGAUGUAAAUGGGAAAAUGUGGCUUCGGAACCCAUGCCAUUUAUAUAUCAUUGAGAUCCUAGAAGGGAGCUCAGCGCUGCCAAAGAGAUCUUCAAAACUGAGCACACGUGCCCCCCAGUUCAGUUUUCUCGACAUCUUCCCCAAAGUCACCUGCCGGCCUCCCAAAGAAGUGAUAGACAUGGAGCUGAAUCCUGGGAAGAGCUGCAGAGACCCAGGGAUGGACCAGAGAGAGUUCUGCAGCGAAACCUUCCAAAGACCUUACCAGUAUUUAAAACGGUUCCAUCAGAAACAGGACCUAGACAUGUUCAGAUACAAAGAUGGCCUCGUCGAAGGCACCCCCGAGGAAUGCCUCCAGCAUUUCCUGAUUUACUGUGGGAUGAUAAACCCAUCCUGGUCAGAGCUUCGGAACUUUGCCUGCGUCCUGAACCAUCAGCUCCGAGAUUGCGAGGACUCCGACUUCUGCAACCCGGAGGUUAUCAGGGACACGCUGGUGGGCUUCAGGACCUUCGUGGUGGCCUUCAUGAUCCUGAUGGCGAGAGAUUUCGCCACACCUACGCUCCAGAUGUUGGAUGAGAGCCCAGGGAAGCACAUGGUCACCAUGGAUGGGGCCACGGAAGAAGAUCUAGCCCCUUUCUCUCUCCGAAAGAGGUGGGAGUCAGAGGCCCAUCCCUACGUGUUCUUCAACAGCGACCACACGUGCAUGACAUUCAUAGGCUUCCAUUUCCAGCUCAACACGAACGGCAGCCUCGACGCCAUCAAUCUCUUGAGUCGGGAGGUGAUCAAGAAGGAGGUCAUGACAGUGGAGCUGUACCAGGCGCUGUUGCUUCAGGGGGUGCCCUUCAAUGUUGACUUUGAUAAGCUGCCCAGACAUGAGAAACUCGAGAAGCUCUGCCUGGCCUUAGGGAUCCAGCAGGCCAUCGACCCCGAUGAAACAUACGAGCUGACCACUGACAACAUGCUGAAGAUCCUCGCCAUCGAGAUGCGCUUCCGGUGCGGGAUCCCCGUCAUCGUCAUGGGAGAGACCGGCUGCGGGAAAACCAGGCUCAUCAAGUUCCUUAGCGACCUGCGGCGAGGGGCUGUCAGGGCCGAAACCAUGAAGCUGGUCAAGGUCCACGGAGGAACCACCGCAGACAUGAUCUACUCCAAAGUCAGGGAGGCAGAGGAACUUGCGCGCUUCAAUAAGGACCACUACGAGCUGGACACCAUCUUGUUCUUCGAUGAAGCCAACACGACGGAGGCCGUAAGCUGCAUCAAAGAGGUCCUGUGCGACCGUACGGUGGGCGGCCAGCCUCUGGCCGAGCGCUCUGGCUUGCACAUCAUAGCGGCCUGCAACCCUUACCGGAAGCACUCGCAGGAGUUGAUCUGCCGCUUGGAGUCGGCUGGCCUGGGGUACAGGGUGCGUGCAGAGGAGACGGCGGACCGGCUCGGCUCCAUCCCCCUGCGGCAGCUCGUGUACCGGGUCCACGCCCUGCCGUCGAGCCUGAUCCCUCUGGUGUGGGACUUCGGGCAGCUGAAUGACACGGCAGAGAAGCUCUACAUCCAGCAGAUCGUGCAGAGGCUGGUGGAUUCCGUCGGGAUAGAGGAGAACGAGAUGCGCGUGAUCGCAGACGUGCUCUCCGCCUCCCAGGGCUUCAUGCGGGGGAGAGGCGACGAGUGCAGCUUCGUCAGCCUCAGGGACGUGGAGCGCUGCGUCAGGGUGUUCAGGUGGUUCUACGACCACAGCGAGAUGCUCUUGUCCAGGCUGGACUCCUUCCUCUGCGAGUCCCCUGUCGGCAAAGGCAGCCUGGAGAGAAACCCUGUCCUCUGGUCUCUGGUGCUGGCCAUCGGGGUGUGUUACCACGCCUCUCUAGAAAAGAAGGACUCCUAUCGGACAGCCAUUUGCAGGUUUCUCCCAGAACCGUAUAACGACAGCAAGGUUAUCCUGGACGAGAUAACUCGAAUGCAGGAUCUUUUCCUGAGUGGUGUAUCUCUGAGGAAAACCAUCGCCAAGAACUUGGCCUUGAAGGAGAACGUCUUCAUGAUGGUCAUCUGCAUCGAGCUUAAGAUUCCUCUCUUCUUGGUGGGGAAGCCCGGCAGCUCCAAAUCUCUCGCCAAGACCAUCGUGGCGGAUGCUAUGCAGGGCCAGGCCGCCCACUCGGACCUCUUCCGGAGCCUGAAGCAGGUGCACCUGGUGUCGUUCCAGUGCAGCCCGCACUCCACCCCUCAGGGCAUCAUAGGCACCUUCAGGCAGUGCGCCCGCUUCCAGCAGGGGAAGGACCUGCAGCAGUAUGUGUCCGUGGUGGUGUUAGACGAGGUGGGGCUGGCGGAAGACUCCCCAAAGAUGCCGCUGAAGGCCCUGCACCCUCUGCUGGAGGACGGGUGCAUCGAGGACAACCCCGACCCCCACAAGAAAGUUGGCUUCAUAGGUAUUUCCAACUGGGCCCUGGACCCCGCCAAGAUGAACCGGGGCAUUUUCGUGUCGCGUGGCAGUCCCAGUGAGGAGGAGCUCAUAGAGAGCGCCAGGGGCAUCUGCUCUUCAGAGCCCCUAGUUCAAGAGAGAGUCCAAGGGUACUUUGCAGCCUUUGCCAAAGCCUAUGAGAAGGUGUGUGAGCGCCAGGACAAGGAGUUCUUUGGGCUCCGUGACUACUACAGCCUCAUCAAGAUGGUCUUUGCCGUGGCCAGAGCUUCUCACGAAGAGCCUUCCCCGCAGGACGUUGCCCAGGCUGUGCUGCGGAACUUCAGUGGCAAAGACGACAUCCACGCUCUGGACAUUUUCACAGCCAGCUUGCCCGAGGCGAGGUGCUCGGAGGACAUCAGCACCUUGCAGCUGAUCGAGCAGAACAUGUACGGUGACCGUCAGCAGGCGGCUGGCGGGGAGCCGGACGGCACCGAGUCCCGCUACUUGCUGGUGCUCACCAGGAACUACGUGGCCCUGCAGAUCCUGCAGCAGGCGUUCUUCGGUGAGGACCAGCAGCCAGAGAUCAUUUUUGGUUCCAGUUUUCCCAGGGACCAAGAGUACACCCAGAUCUGCAGAAACAUCAACCGAGUGAAAAUCUGCAUGGAAACGGGCAAGAUGGUGGUGCUGCUCAACCUGCACAGCCUCUACGAGAGCCUGUACGAUGCGCUCAAUCAGUACUACGUCUACCUCGGGGGUCAGAAGUACGUGGACCUCGGCCUGGGCACCCACCGGGUCAAAUGUCGGGUUCACCCGGACUUCCGCCUGGUAGUCAUCGAAGAGAAGGAUGUUGUCUACAGGCAUUUCCCCGUCCCCCUCAUCAACCGGCUCGAGAAGCACUAUCUGGAUAUCAACACCGUUUUGGAGAAAUGGCAGAAAAAUAUCGUGGAAGAGCUCAAGAUCUGGGUGGACAAGUUCGUAGAUGUGAACGCGGGGCGGUUUCUGGGCAGACACAGGUACAGCCCGUCUGACGUCUUCAUCGGCUUCCACUCGGAUGCCUGUGCCUCCGUGACGCUCCAGGUCACAGAGAGGCUGGACUGCGGGGUGCUGACCCAUGACCUCUACCAGAAGGUGUCUGAGGCCGCCAAACUGGGCCUGCUGGCCUGCGCCACGCCGGACGCGGUGGUCCGGCUGAGCGCCUCCUCCCUGGGCCUGUUUGCCGCGCAGUCCCUGUCCCGGGAAUACUAUCACAGGCAGCAUCACAACUCCUUCGCGGACUUCCUGCAGGCCCAGCUGCGCACGCUGGGACCGGGGCGCCACGUCGUCUUCACCGAGAUCACCACAUUCUCCAGACUGCUAACCAGUUGUGACUGUGAAAUCUUAGAAUCGGAGAUAAAGGGCAGGGCUCUGAAACUCUCCGUCCUGUCGCUGCAGCUGUUCUACACGGAGUACUCCUUCCUCAGGGGAGUCCGAGACUGCUUAACUAACACAGCCAAGUGUAAAGUCCUCAUUAUUCAAACAGAUUUUGAAGACGGGGUUCGUAGCGCUCAGCUUAUCGCCUCAGCUAAGUAUUCUGCCAUAAAUGAAAUCAAUAAGAUAGAAGAAAACCAGGACUGUAUUUUAGUCUAUUUCAUCACAAAACUGUCGCGGAUGGGAAGUGGCACAUCCUACGUGGGAUUCCAUGGAGGGCUGUGGCAGUCUGUGCACAUCGAUGACCUCCGGAGGUCCACCAUCAUGGUGUCCAACGUGACCAAGCUGCAGGACGUGGCCAUCAGCCAGCUGUUUAAGCCAGAAGGCAUGCCUGAGCUGGAGAUGCCCGGGCCCAGAGGUCAGUGUGAGGAGCUAAUGGAAACAGAGCCCAACAGAUCAGGGGACACGGCGGAGGAGGAAAUGGAGACAGGAGGUCCUGAGGCUCUGGGGAGCGGGCCCUGUGAGCUGGGGGAAGGCGACAUGGCACAGAUUGUGGACACCACCACCCUCCUAAGAAGCUGCAUACAAAGUGCCGUGGGCAUGCUCAGGGAUCAGAGCAAGAGCUGCCAGCGCAACAUGAAGCGGGUCGAGAUCCUGCUUGGCCUCCUAACCGAAGAGGACGAGUUUAAAGCCACGUUCUUACGGGUGUCCAAGAUGCGCCUCUAUGUCCUCUUAACGAAGCAAGAAGAGAGCUACAUCUGCAACAUGAAGGAGUGGGUGGUGAGAGAAGCCUUGAACCUGGACGCUCUCCAGGAGGCCGGCACCUUCAGGCACACCCUCUGGAAGCGGAUCCAGGGCGCCGUGACCCCUCUCCUGGCGAGCAUCAUAUCCUUCAUCGACAGAGAUGGCAACCUGGAGCUGCUGACCAGGCCAGGUGCCCCAUCCUGGGUACGGCCUCUGUGGAUGUUCAUUUUUCGUGACACUAAGCUUCUGAACAUUCCUCUUGUGGCGAAUGAUACCAGCAGAUCCAGAGGUGAGAUGCCGUACAUCAUGGUGCAGAGCCACAUGAACCUCUCCUGGGACACCUGCAGCAGCGUCCCGUUUAGCUGGAGAAUCAGGGACUAUUUGGAGGAGCUGUGGAUCCAGGCUCAGUACAUCACAGGGGCUGAAGGGCAGUUCAGCAAGUUGGUGGAAAUCUUCCAGCAGACCCCGCUGGGCAGCUUUCUCGCCCAGCUCGGUGCACAGCAGCAGGCAGAGCUGCUCCAGGGCUACUUGCAGGACUUCCUUCUGCUGACCGUGACAGUGUCCUCUCAGAAGGAGCUGCUGGUUUUGCACAUGGCUCUGUCGUCCUGCAUCAAUCAGUUAAAGGCGGAGCAGCCAGAGCAGGAGCUUUCUUUACCAUGGGUGCACCUGGCCUACCAGCAUUUCAGGAGCCGGCUGCAGAACUUCUCCAGAAUCCUGACUAUCUGUCCCCAAAUUCCACAGGCUCUGUUCAGCCCGGAAACCUUACACGACUAUGGCUCUGGACAUGAGUUGAUUCUGGACAUCUAUGUAGCCAUGGCUUGUGCUGAAAUGCUGAUCAGAGACAUCCUGAAGCCCAGUCCCCAGGCCUGGCUGCAGCUCGUGAAGAGACUCGCCAUGCCGAUGGAGCUCCUCUGCUCGGAUGGGUACACGCAGGGCAGCAGGAGCAGGGCCACAGCCAUCAUCGGGGAAGUCAGAACCCACUGGAAUCGUAUUUUUUCCAUCGCUCUUUUUGUGGAGCAUGUGCUCCUGGGGACCGAGAGCCAGCUUCCCGAGCUGCGCCCGCUGGUCACCGAGUACGUCUUCCUGCUGAGCAAGUGUCUGGAGGAGAACUCUGACAUCAAGACCCACAGGCCUUUUGUGGCGGUGAUGACCACUCUUUGUAAGUGUAAGGACCAGGCCAGCAGGACCUUCUCCAGGUUUGGGGUUCAGCCAUGCCCCAUCUGCCUGGAAGACGCCCAGGAUCCUGUCUGCCUGCCCUGUGACCACGUGCACUGCCUGCGUUGCAUGAAAACCUUGCUCACCCAAGGGGACACGAGGUGCACCCUGUGUUUAGCUGACUUGCCAGAAAAUUUCUCUCCAGUGGUUUCCCAAGAGCACAGGAAUGCCAUUGAGAAGCACUCCUGCUUCCGACAGCUGUGCAACAGUUUCUUCGUGGACCUCGUUUCCACUGUGUGCUUCAAAGAUAACUCCCCACCGCAGAAGAGUGUGGUUGAUGAUCUGCUCUCUUUACUCUUUGUAAAAAAGGAGUUCUUAAGAGAUGCUUCCCAAAGGUACCGUGAACACACAAAAUCUCUCUCCCCUUUCGACGACGUCGUGGAUAGGACCCCUGUCAUCCGCUCCGUGGUCCUGAAGCUGCUUUUGAAGUACAGUUUCCAUGAAGUAAAAGAUUAUAUUCAGACUUACUUGUCCCUGUUAGAAGAGAAGGCGUGCAUAACUGAAGAUAAAAGUGAACUGUACCUGCUCGUCACCAACUGCCUGGAGGAUUCCAUGCAUGAGAAGAACACUGCCCUCUCUGCAAGCGCUGGGCUGAGACGGCUGAGGGAGGAAGGCCAGUUCCUCAGAACGUACGCCUCCAUGAGGCUGGGCCGGGAGCCUGCCUGCCAGGCCUCUGUGGAGCACCUGCAGGACGUGGCCAGGAUCCGCCUCUGCCUGGACAGGGCUUCUGACUUCCUCUCUGAGCUUCAGGAAGGCUCCGCAGAGAUGGCUGAGGAGAAGCGGUCCUACCUGGGGCAGGUGCGGUACUUCUGCACCGAGGCCGGGAACGACUGGUUCCGCGUGUACCUGGUCAGGAAGCUCACCAGCCAGCAGGGGAUGGAGUGUGUGCAGAGCUUCUCCAGACAGGGCCACCCAGCCCAGUGGGUGUUUCCCAAGGAGGUCAUUGCCCAGCAGAAGGACUACCCGGGCCAGAUGGAUCGAUUCCUGGUGCAUGGAGAUGAAUACAAAGCCCUUCGUGACGCAGUGGGCAAAGCCGUCCUGGAAUGCAAGCCCCUGGCGAUCGUCACUGCUCUGGAGGCCAGCUCCUGCCCGCUACAGGCAGCCCACUUGCUGCUGGCGCUCUUCCGGGAGGUGACGGUCCUGUUCCGAUCCCCGAAUGCGCAUCUCCAUCCUAAGCCGGAGCAAUGUGAGGCCCUGAACAGAUUCAUCGAAGAGAGCGAGAUCCUUUCUCCUCCUGACAUCAGACUUUUUGCGACAUCCCUCGUGUCCAAUACUCUGCCGCUGCUGAUGGGCCCCAGGGAGGGCGGCCUUGAAGGGGCGGUGACAGAGAUGGCUGUUCAUGCCGCCAUCGUCCUCCUCUGCGGGAAGGGCGGAGUCCUAGAGCCCCUGAGGAAUCUGGCCUUCUUCCCAGACAGCAUGGCGGAAGCUUUUCUCCCCACAAUGCCUGAAGACCUGCUGGCUCAAGCCGCACAUUGGACGGGUCUUGAAGGAGUCCGCUGGUACACGUGUCCCAACGGCCACCCGUGCUCCGUGGGGGAGUGUGGCCUGCCGAUGGAACAGAGCUUCUGUGUUGACUGCCACGCGCCCAUUGGAGGAACUGAUCACAAACCUCUUGAUGAGUUUCAUCUUAUCGACAAUGGCGCAGACAGAACUCAGACCGGCCACGUGCUGGGGUACCCGCAGCGCAGAGGCGAGGCAGUGGUGUCUGACCGGCAGCUGUCCCCGGCCGCCUUCCUCGUCCUGCGGCUGCUCACUCAUUUGGCUAUGCUUUGGGGAGCUGCUCAGAACCACCAAGCUCUGGUAAACAUCAUCAAGCCUCCAGUGAGAGAUCCGAAGGAGUUUCUGCAGCUGCACAUCCACAGGAACCUGGAGCACUUGGCAAAGACGCUGGGGAGGAGCGCGGACGAGAGCAUCAGCGCGGUGCACGUCGUCCUGUGCGGCCUCCUCCGGGGGCAGCAGCAGCGCCCCGACCAGUGCCCUGUAAAGUUGGACCCAACUCUGUCGACCAAAGAAAUGAGAAACACCUGGGAGAAGCUUGUUUCGCGCAUUCUCUUACCUGAGCUCCAGAAUCUCGAUAAGACCCUCCUCAUGGUGAAUACUCGAAUCAGCCAAGAUGAGCGCAUCAGUUCCGACCCUGUGGCCAAAAUCAUAUUCGGUGACCCAGUGUCCUUCCUGCCCCACCUGCCCCGGGGUAGCAUGGUUCACAGCUCUAAGAUGUGGGCCUGCAGGCAGAGGGUCACCUUGGAGCACCUCCAGCACAUCGUGGAGCAGAGAAACGGCAAGGAGACCGUGCCUGUUCUUUGGAAGUUCCUACAGAAGGAAGCAGAACUGAGGCUGGUGAAAUUCUUGCCAGAGAUUUUGGCCCUGCAAAGGAGUCUUGUGGAACAAUUCCAGAAUGUUUCAGAAGUUGAAUACCAAUCUAUCCGAGGUUUUAUCAGAAGCCAAAAUUCAGAUGGGCUGAAGAAGUUACUCCACAACAGAAUCUCCGUCUUUCUGUCGACAUGGAACAAACUGAGAAGAUCACUGGAGACCAGCGGUGAGAUCAAGCUGCCUAAAGAAUACUGCAGCACAGACUUGGAUCUGGACGCUGACUUCGAGGUCAUUCUGCCGCGUCGCCGGGACCUGGGCCUCUGCUCCACUGCCUUAGUCAGCUACCUGAUUGCCCUGCACAACGAAAUGGUCUACACAGUGGAAAAGUUCUCCAAUGAGAACAACAGCUAUUCCAUCGAUACCUCUGAGGUCACUGACCUUCAUGUCAUCAGUUACGAGGUAGAGCGGGACCUGAAUCCACUGGUUCUCUCCAACUGCCAGUAUAAAGUAGAGCAAGGCGGCGAAACCCUGCAGGAGUUUGACCUGGAGAAGAUCCAGCGGCAGCUCACCAGCCGGUUCCUGCUGGGCAAGCCCAGGAUAACCCUCAAGGGAAUACCCACUCUGGUGUACAGACGUGACUGGAACUACGAGCACCUCUUUGUGGACAUCAAGAACAAGAUGCCGCAGAACUCUCUCCCCAACUCGGCUGUCAGCACCAUCAGUGGACAGCUGCCAUCCUACAGCGAUGCCUGUGAAGCCCUGUCUGUCAUAGAGAUCACUUUGGGGUUUCUGAGCACAGCUGGCGGGGAUCCCAACAUGCACUUGAACGAGUAUAUCCAAGACAUGCUGCAGAUGGACAGCCAGACAAUGCUGGUGUUAAAGGCCUUAAGCUGGUGCCAGUUAAAACACACGAUCGCCCUCUGGCAGCUCCUCUCUGCCCACAGAUCUGAACAGCUGCUCCGGCUGAACAAAGAACCAUUUCGCGAAAUCAAGUCAAGGUACAAAGCUGAUCUCAGCCCGGAAAACGCCAAGCUCCUCAGAACUUUCCUGCAUCAGACGAGCCUGGAUGCCUUCCUCCUGGAGCUCCAUGAGAUGAUGAUCUUGAAGCUGAAGAGCCCCCAGACCGAGGGGAGCUUCAACCCCGAGUGGAGCCUGAGAGACACUCUAGUAAGUUACAUGGAAACCAAAGACAGUGACAUUCUCCCCGAGAUGGAGUCUCGGUUCCCAGAGGACAUACCACUCUCCAACUGUGUCUCUGUAUGGAAAAUGGCUGCCGAACUGAAACGGGAUCGGCAAGUCAGAUAGAACUGUUUACAUGGCGCUGCCUCUGCCCGGGGCUUGGGCUCCUCCCAGCACCAAGUUCAAGACCAGUACGUGCUGUGCCAGCUGACAGCUUCUGGAGAACCAAGCCGUUUCAAGAACUGCGCCCUCACACGGUGGGCGCUGUGCGCUGGGAGGCCUGAGGAUGACAUGGACCUGGCACAAGCCGCCAUCCUUUACGGCCGGGACACGGUACCCACGGGCUUCCAGCGUCAUGUGUGGCCGCCGAGCUUCUGAACUUGCACGUGCCCAGCUACCAGGCCCUUCUUCCUCAGACUCCCGCACAGCGAGUGAAGGAAAACGAGUAAUUUUUGCUUUUUUUUUCCCAACUUACUCUGCAUUCAAAGAAGAGAAUCUGGCUUGCUUCUUUCUUCCAUUCCUGUACACUCGAAUAUUGAACACAAAUUUCUUGUUGCCAAGAAGCUGUGAAAAGUGCCAGGCUUUUUGUUUUCCCACCGACACCAGGCAAGGCCCUCCGAGAGCCUGGAGGCCACACGGAUGAGGCCUCGCCCAGGCCCCUCGAGUCCCUGCCGGGUGUCAGGAGCCGGAGCCCCAGAGCUCUCACCGUGAAGAGCACUGGGCUGCAAGUCAGGGGCACUUUGUGGGUCUCUAGUUUCCAUCUAUAAAACGAAGGGACAGAUUGAUGACCAGAUUUCCUUCUAGUAUUUCUAAGUUCUGAAUCAAUGUAAACUGGAGUCAGUGGUCCGGGUCUGCCAUUUCCGUGGGAAGACUUUGACAUGUGGCCUUCGUGUGAUCUUGAUCUCGUCCUUGGGUCUCAGCCAAGGCAUUAAAAACAGACGGCAACACCAGUUAACAAAGGAGAAAGAGUAGUUAGCAAGGUCUGAUCUCAUGCUGCUUCUCUUGCUGAUGCUUUGUCUUUUUUUUGAACUGCCUGAGUACUUUGAUCUCUGGGCUGACUCCUGUUCCUGGAUAGCUUGGUGCCAUUGGCACUGAGACUGUUCACAAGUCAGAGGCACCAUCUUUAAUACACUUAACAAAGGAGUUCAUGACCCAGUGACCUGAAAUUGGACCCAUGGUGUGAGAGCUACAAAACCAGAAAAUGCUCCCCAAGAACACCACCGCCCUCUUGAGCACCACUGGAGGGAGCUGCAGGAGGCACACUCCCUUCUCCUCAGGUUGAUGCAGGCAAGUGCUGAGACCCUGGCCAACGCAGCAGUCAUUCAGGGCAGCACCCACUUGCAUCCGGUAAUCUAUGAGUCUAUCAUUCCAGGCUAUGCAGAGGCGCUCCCCCACUGACCCUGGCAUCCAGGAUUGCCCACUCAGCGGACUGCCUGUUCUAGGUUUCCACUUGCACUUGGUACUCCCGAUACCUCAGAGCUGGGAUGGAGCGGGCAUGGCCGUCAGGUGCUGCUCUGGUCCCUCCCUGUCCACACCUUAGCAGGUGGAGGUCAGGUGUCAGUCUCCUGCUGUGAAAAGAUUUUUUUUUUUUUUGGUCUGGGAAUUUUCUUCCCUCACUUUUAUGAAGAGUUUUCUAAUUAAGAUACUUUGUUUUGUAUGCUCUGUUUUCAAAGCCUUAACUGUCAGAUCUUGCUUUACCUGGUUUGUACAAGAAUACAUUGGCCUAACAGGCAAAGGAAGAUUUCUUAUACUUGGCAUUCCUGUUUUAAUAAACUUGAGUUUUGCUUCUAAA